UUGAAAUACAUUUAGUUUGAACUUACCGGCCAUAAUAUUGUAAGUGGCUAAAUCAUUGUGUAUUAUUGUAGAAAUUAACAAACAUCUGCAUUUAAUGAUAUGCUUGACUGUCAUUAGUUUGUAACCACAGUAUAAGCGAAAAAAGCAUUGUUUUAAUGCUUGAAGUUAUACAGAUUAGAUGGUCUGAAGUAGAAUGCACAGGUUGUUCACUGUGAGCUUUUUAUAGGGGUUAAGAUUGUUCAACGGAUUUGAAAAUACUCAUAAAAAUGUCAGGACAUAUAAUUCGCCAACUUGAAGAACGACAUGUUGCCAUCAAAGUUGAUUUGAUGGUAUGGUCUAACAAGAUGGACCUUCUAGCUCUUUCCAACAGUAAAGGAGAAAUAGCUCUUCACCGAUUGACAUGGCAGAGGGUUUGGCUACUGCCUCCUCCUACACCAGAUAUGGUUGUACGCAAACUGGCUUGGAGACCAGAUGGCCGAGUAAUCGCAGUUGCAUAUGUACCCAAAGUGAUGGUGGUCGGAGAACAAGUGAAAGGAGAAGUAAUGCUGAUUGAUGUUGAGAACAAAGAUGUAUUGCAUUCAAUCACUGUGUCAGAUGAUGUAUCUUGCUUGGUCUGGUUACAAGAGAAGCAGUUUCACAACUACCAUCUUUUGACUGCUUCCACUCACAGUCAGGAUGGGUCAAGUGAUUUCUUGCCAAAACUUCCGUCUUUAUCAAGAACGUUUGGCUCAUUGCCUGAUAACAUAGAAGAGAACCUAGAAGAUGCCAAAAGAAUUAAGGACCAAAUGCAAUUAAAUUUUUUACUGAUCGGAACUUGUGAUGGCAGUUUACAUUUGAGUGUAUUUGGACUUUUCUCUUGUGGUGUGAUGAAUAUAAACAAGUAUAUGACAGAUAAUGAAAAAGAUAAGCAUACCUCAGUAUUGAAUGCAGAAAUGAGUUCUGAUAUGAAAUCAUUGCACUUAUUAGUUGCAGUUGAUAAAAGUAAAUUUUAUGCAGAAACUGUUAAGGAGGAUAGUGUGGUCCCAAAAACAGAUGUUGAUGUUUCAAAUCAAACGGAAAAUUUAGGUGUUGAAACAAAAGUUAAUGAAGAUAAUACUACAUCAAAUGAUUUGAAAGCAGAAGACAGUAAGGGGAAGGAAAAUUCUAACAAAACAUCUGGUGACGAAUGUGAACAGGUUAUUGAAAGGGAAUUUAAAAUAGUUAUACUAGAUACAAGAGUUUUAUCAUCCAGAUCUCGUGAGCUUCAUGCCCUCUCUUUGAAACAUGGACAUAUAAUAUCUCUACUAGAUUACUUAUCCCAAACAAUGCGUUCUAUAAUUGAAGCGUGGGAAAACAUAUAUAUCUUAGAGAUUGAAUCAAAACUUUCAAAACAUGCAGCAUCACUUCCAGAAGGUUCUGUGUCAGCCGAUUUCUUAGAAUUGUUAUUGUUUGGUAUGCCUUCAGAAUCCCUAGAAAACUUUUUAAUGAAAGAUUUAAAUGAUAAAGGCAUUAAAAAGCUUGGCCAUUCCAUUGAACUAAGCCAUUCUAAUAUACAAAAGUUAAUAUUGAAACAUCUUUUAUCUGUUGGACAAAGUCUUGCAUAUCACCUAGCAGAGAUGAAGGGAAUGGCAAAACUGACAGAUCGUUUCAAAGUUUUGGGAUUGGAAGAAGAAACUGUAGCAGAAGCUUUUAGUGCAGCUGGAGCUUUUCUGAUAAAAGCCACUGAAGUCCAACUUGUCAUAGAUGAGAGUAUGAAGAGGUACAAGGCAUUUUUCCGGUGGCUUUAUGCUAUAAUUUUAAGAAUAACAGAUGAUCGAAUUCCAGACCUUACAAUGUCAGAUUUAAACCAACAGGAUUUAGAGUUUAUUGCAGAAUACUUAUACAAAUUGGAUGUUAAAAUUGACCAGGAUGGAGUGACAAAAAGACACUGUUAUUUGGAUCAUUUGGGCCAAUAUUUGGUGAACAGUGAUCUAACCGUCCCUAGCAAUGAAGAGAACGACAACCUAUGGCAACGGCUGCUGCAACAGAAUCCUUGUCUUCAAGAACACUUUUGUGUUAUUAAAAGGUGUAAAAAUACAUCUCUGCUUCAACAACACGACAGGCUAAAAGAGGCCACAACUAAUGUUUUUAAAACUCCAGAAUAUGCAAUAGGAAACAUGUUCCAAUUGAAAGAAAUUGUUGACAUAGGUAAAAUUGCUUGUAAGAGGUUAUCUAUGUGUUUAGUUGAUGACAAUAUGGUUCUUUUAAGUAUCAUUGAAUCAAAUUCACCAGACAGCUUUCAGUUGAUUCAAAUUCCAACAAAUGGAAACAAAUCAGAUGUUAGAAUAAAAACUGUGUUAUUUAAAACGGAAGAUGAAGUUGUAAUGAAGUGUUUGGAUGUUCAGUUUUAUCUUCCUGAAGUCCUAUCAGUCCUUUUAGAAGAGAAAGAUGAAAAUAGAAAUGCUGUCAUUGUUCAGAUGAAGUCCAAGACUAUUUAUGAGAACACAGAAGACAUAAUUAAUGGCAAUUCAUUGACAGGUUCUAUAGUAACACGUCAAAUUCCAGAUUUAGUAGCUUCAAUUUUUGCUGUUAGUGGAACUCGUAAAGUAGCAAUUGUUUUGUCUAAAAGCCGAAGGAAAGUUAGGCUUUUUGAAAUGGAAGCUGAAGAUGAUGAUGAAGAAGAAGAAAUGGUUCUACUAGAACCUCCAGCAAAUUUUGCAGAAGCCCAAAAAGGGUACUACAAACCAAUAACUGAAGAAGUAGUUGUUGAUGAUGAGGAAAACAGCUCCAAUUUAGACGAUUCCUACAAGUUAGUGUUAGAUACCAGCAAAACCUCUUCAGAAUGUAAUAGCAGUGUAAAAUCUUAUCUAGAGGAAAGAGGAGAAAACAACUGACAUUUUUAUUCCUGAGGAGGAUUGACUGUGAUACUGGUUGAUGCUGAGCUGAACUGCUGAUUAUACAUUAAAGGUUUGAAGUGCAAUGAAAAAAAUAUCAGUAAAAUGAAGAACUUAAUAUACUCAAAUCUAAUUCAGUUGAAAGAUUUUUCGUUGCUCAAAUUGCUUAAAGAUGCACCUGUACAAAUAUGGUUCUUUAGUUAUGUCUUCUCUAAUGUUGUGCCACUGCAUCGAACUGCCCAGUGUUUGUAUUAAGUUUACUUCUGUGUUGAACUGGACUCUUUUAUGUAAGUUGGAUAUAUUUUUGUCUAUACAGUUAACAAAUUAUAUAUAUUAUUUCAUGAAUUUUUGUAAUAUUUCAUUUUAAACUCACUAGCACUUCACUAUUUUGCAAAACAGCUGAAUUCAUCAUAAAUUUACAUCAAUGACCGCAUUGGUGAUAUAAAACAAUUUGUUUCAUCACAAUUAAUUAUGAUCUGUUGUCCUGAGUUUUCUUUGUGAAAAAUGAUAUAGUUAUAUUUCAUUGCCAUUAGGUGUUUGUGUGGAUAAAGGCUAUCACUUUCUAUUUUAUAGUACUUGAUAUUUUUAAUUGGUUUGAUAUUCUGUGUAACUUAUUUGUAUGACAAAUAUAGUGACGUAGUUAUCUGUCUUGUCAGUUCGUCUCAUGAGUAGCAUUGUAUCGUUUUGUUAUUGAACAUGUCUUUUGCACCACUUUUGCUUUUCAUGGUAGUAGUUUUUAACAUCUUUUUAAUAAGAAAUUUUUUAAUUUUCAGCUAAAUAAAUCACGUAUACAAUGGGUAAGGGUGUCCCUUUGUUCUCUCAAAACUUCAGUAUUUAAGCUAGAUUAAUACUUAGAAAGUAUCUUUACUAUAUCCUGGAUGUAUGUCAAAUCUAAUAUUCUAUGCUAUUUUAUUACAUGGUCUCAUCAUACUUUUGGUUUGGUUAAAACAUCCAAACUACUUACAGGAUGAAUUUUGUUAUUUUCAAAGCAAUGUUCUAUAAAUUCAUAUGUCUAUAAGGGUUAAUAUUUACUUAGAAAAUAAUGUGUUACCUACAGUGAAGAGUUGAAGAAAUAUGUAGAAACUUGUAUAAACCAAAUAAACAAAGAUUAUUUCA